AUGAACCCUCAACAUUUGACCGCGAACCUGCCUUUACGCGAUACUCAUGCGCAGCAGCAGCUCAACCCACAAAACAACUGGAAUCCACAGAUGAACGUCCAUCAGCAGCAAAUGCUGAACCAGCAACAGUUCCCAAUGGGUAUGCAGCAGGACCAGAUGCAAUUUCAACCACAGUCGUGGUUGAACCAACAGAACCAGUCUACCAACGGUAUCAACCCAUUGGGUGGUUUCACCAUGAACUAUCUGUCACCACAGGUCCUUCAGGACGCGAUUGCCCUCUCAGUACCCGUCGGGCCAGAAGAUGAAUCUCUUUUGGUGAAACAUAUCCUCGACGGUCUUAAGCGAGGAGAGAACUACAAAGUAAUUUUGAAUGGCCUGCACGGGAAAAACGACCAUUCGGCUAGUCUAUGGAAAGACUAUUACCUGGAACACAAAGAAAGGAUCGAUGCGUGGAUUAACAUGUGUCAACAGAAAGGGAGCAGCGCCUCCUCAACGCCGAUCGAACCACCCAAGCACAAAGAACGGACACCUUCCAUCUCAGCACCGAUUCGCAACGGCCAACCCCAACCAACAAUCAAGGCUCCUACGAUAAAGAAACCCUCACCCUCCGCCUUCCGAGUCAGUUCAGCAACCCCUUCAGGGUCAGCCACGCCAUCCGUCCCUCUUAAGAAGCCCAAAAAGGCACCGUCUCCAGACCGAACGACUCCUCAAGCAUUGGCUCAAGCUGCAGGCAGUCGGAGAUCCACGAUAAACAGCCUAACUGUCAGUUCUCCCGUGUUCAACAGGCACCUUCCACCACCACAUGCAGAAAUCAAGAUUCCGCCGCCACCUUCCCGCUCUCCUAGCCCUCCAACCAUUAUCAUACCAAAGGGACGCGGACACAAGUACACCGACCAAGACCACGAAUUCUUCAUCAAGUUCAUCCAGUGGCGAUUAAAGGACAAUCCCGAACUCACUCGAACACAGCUAUGCGAUAUGUUGGGCGAGAAGGCACCUCAUCAUACUGCACAAUCUUGGGCAUCGUACUGGCAUUUGAACCACGACCUACCCGAUAAAAUCCUGGCGGCAGCUAGGGAAAGUACAUAUGUUGAUGAUGUAAAUGACGCUGUUUCAAGUGAAGAGUCACCACCUACCCGGAAACGCCCCCGAUACCGAGACGACACGACGACUGAAGAGGACGAUUCUUCAAGUGAAGAAGAAGCGCCGAGGCGGAGGGCCAGCAACAAACGGAGAGUUGAGGUCAAAGUGGAAGAAGGCAGUGACGACGACACGCCGGUGCGUGUCUGGAAAGAGCAUCAAAUGGGUCAGAAAGGCGGUUCCUUCACCGAAGCCGACAUGUAUAUCACCGCAAAAUACAUCGCUGACUUCCCCAACUGGGGAGCUACCAUGUCGAAGGACCGAUGGGGGCCAUAUGCACGGAAGUAUCCUCAAAGGUCAGAGAAAGCUUGGCGUGAAUACUAUAGGCGGUAUGAAACCGAAAUAGACCGCCUAGUGCAUAAAAUUAAGAAAGAGGAGAGAAGAAAGAAGUCUUCUCGAUAG